AUGUCAUCAAACAAGCGCAUCCAGCUGCUGCGCGAGCGGCUCGAGCUGUACAACGCCACCAUCGCGGAGGCCAUGGGCGUCGUCACGGGCGUCACCGGCACGGAGAAGACGGCCGCCCCCAACAGGGCGGAGGAGAAGAGUAGCAAAAGCACCUCGGGGUGGCAGAGGACGGAAGGGGAGACCGGCGGCGGUGCCGCACCCCGCUUGGAGCGCAACCUUUCCUCGGAGUUCAACGCGGCGCACGCCGCAAGAGCAGCAGCGUCGGCGGCAGAAGUAGCGCCGGCUGGGGGUAACAGCCAUAGCAGCGGCGGCGGGGGUGACCAGCGAACGGUGCCGCCGCCGCCGCCAUCGUGUAGUGCGGGGUCCAGCUGCCAGGAGGACUCAACCUCCAUCUAUUCCUCGGCGAGUGACGAGGCGGCCUUUGUGAACCCCUUCCUCAACGAGCCGCUCUCCAUGGAAGAGAUUGUGGCCUCGAUGCGGAAUUUGCAGCGGGCGGGAGAGGCGUCCGCCGUAGACUGCCCGCAGCAGCGCGCGGCAGGUUCCUGCGCGUCCGACCACACCGCGGCCACGGACGACGAUGAGGAGACCAACACGGCGUCGCCCUCCGCGUCGCCCGCCCCAACCCCAGAGGAGGCCAAGGAGGAGGCGAAAAAAAAGGAAGAGAACGCAGGCGCGGAGGCGGUGCCGCCGUUCGCUACACUGGAGACUGCGCACUACAGGUUAUCCAUGGCAGAACAGGCGGUGCUGAAGUUGCAGCGGACGGUUGACAUUGAGCACGUUAAGCGCGUCCUGCCGCAGCGGCAUAAGGCGCUUAGACUUGCUGAGGCCCGUGACGAUCUGCUGAGGAGGGAGCAGGCGCUGCGUCGUAAGGAGUCUACAGGCGGCACCGCCGCCGCCAUCUACGACACGGACGCGUUGAACCUCGACCAACAGCUGCAGCAGCUGUUGGCCGACUGCAGUGCUGCCAAGGCGCUCUUCACACGCGUGCACGAGCGCAAGGCCGCGGUGGCAGAGAAGGAGCGGUUGCUGAAAAAGAAGCUAAGUGAACUGGAGGAACAGCAGCGCGAGGUGCGAGAGAAGCGGCAGGCGCUGACGAAGCUGGAGCGGCGAAAUGAGCAGCGGGAGGCCAUGCUGAUCACCCGUGGGGAGACGUACCGGAGGGAGCUUGAGGCCCACAAGGGACGGGAACAGUCUCUGCAGGGGCGCAUCGGCGAGGUGGAGGAGCUCGGCCGGAAGGUGGCGGAGUGGGUGAAGAUAUUGGAGGAGCGUGACACGAAAAUCGCGGCAAAAGAGCAGCGGCUGCGUCGCGUGCAAACAGACCUGGUUCGCCGCUCGGAGGAGCUGCUGUGCUACCGCAACGGCCGAGCGAAGGCGCCGGCACGGAUGGCCCCGCGGCAAACAAGUAGUCCAUAA